GCACAACUACAACGCAACUGCACACCUAUUCAGUACAGUAGGAGAAGUUGUCACUUUAACGAAUAUUCUUAUUACUGUGGCAGACAGAUUCGCUUGGCCUUGGCCUGGAGGGGUCGGUUCCCCGCUAGCUUUCCCCGGUUUCAACUCCUUGCCCGCCAAUUCUCCUCAUUCUCAGCCUUCCUUUCUUUUCCCCUCUUCGCCUUCAAGUUUUUUUUCUUCUUUUCCUCCCAGCGACCCAUCCAACCUCUUGUCGACCCUCGAGGCCCAUGGCAGGUACUUGAGCGGCGGCUCCUUGUGCUGCGGUCCAUCUGGCCUGAUACGUCAGGACUCGGGUGCUGAUUGCUAAAUCCGCCAUCAUGCCUUUCUCCGUUCUGCGGCCUUUCGCAGCUCCCGGAGCUUGCUCUCUGGGAACAGUGGCACGCCUCGUCCCGUGGGCGACACAUGCUCGGGCCGCGACACCUACCCCAAUUCUUGCGAAUGCUGCAGCCAUUCCUGCGCAAAGAAGAUGGCAUAGCUCCUUCCGACCCAACCGCCCAAACCCAUACCAUUCUCUCGUCCCGGCCUUCUACAAGCCGCUGCAGCUCGUCCGCCAUGCCUCUGUUGUAUCCGGCCAACCGUCUUCCACCCAGGACCCUCCCUCCACUGCUACUGUGCUCCCACCGACCACUCCGUACGGCCAAUUAACCAUCGGCGCGCCGACGGAGAUCUUACUGAACGAACGUCGGGUAGCGUUGACCCCCCAGAAUGUUACCCUGUUGCUGAAAAAGGGCUUCUCCAAGGUCCUCAUCGAGAGGGGUGCCGGUGUAGCGGCCGACUUCCUCGAUGAAGCAUACGAGAGUGCCGGUGCUACCCUGGUCGACACGGCCAACCAAGUCUGGGCCCACGCCGACAUUGUGCUCAAGGUCCGCGGGCCCAUCGCUACCGAGGUCGACCUCAUGAAGGAGAACCAGACGGUAAUUUCGUUCCUCCAACCCGCCCAGAACACAGCCAUCGUGGAAAAGCUUGCGGCCAAGAACGCCACCUCCUUCGCCAUGGACAUGGUCCCCCGCAUUUCCAGAGCCCAGGUGUUCGAUGCCCUGAGCUCCAUGGCCAACAUUGCCGGAUACAAGGCCGUCCUGGAGGCGUCCAACAACUUUGGUCGCUUCCUUACGGGCCAGGUCACCGCCGCAGGCAAGAUUCCCCCUUGCAAAGUCCUUGUCAUCGGCGCCGGAGUCGCUGGUCUCAGCGCCAUUGCCACGGCCAGGCGACUCGGUGCCAUCGUCCGCGGUUUCGAUACUCGGUCUGCCGCCCGUGAGCAGGUCCAAUCUCUCGGUGCCGAGUUUAUCGAAGUCGACAUCAAGGAAGAUGGCUCCGGCGCCGGAGGCUACGCCAAGGAAAUGUCCAAGGAAUUCAUCGAGGCCGAGAUGAAGCUCUUCACCGAACAAGCCCGCGAAGUCGACAUCAUCAUCACCACCGCCUUGAUCCCGGGCAGACCUGCCCCCAAGCUCAUCACCAAGGCGAUGCUCGAGGUCAUGAAACCCGGCUCGGUUGUCGUGGAUCUGGCCGCCGAGGCCGGGGGCAACUGCGAGAAGACAAAGCCUGGUGAAAUCGCCGUUUACAAAGACGUCAAGAUUAUCGGCUUCACCGACUUCCCGUCAAGGCUUCCAACCCAGUCGUCCACUCUUUAUUCGAACAAUAUCACGAGACUACUUCUUUCCAUGGCGCCCAAGGAGAAGGAGUUUGGGAUCGAUUUAUCCGAUGCGGUUGUUCGGGGUGCCAUCGUGACCCAGAACGGCCAGGUUAUCCCCCCAGCGCCCCGUCCCGCCCCGCCGCCUGCCCCGGCCCAAUCUGCGCCCGCGGCGAAGGAGGCCGAACUCGCACUUAGCCCUUUCCAGAAGACGGCCAGGCAGGUCGGAGCCAUCACAGCUGGCAUGGGCACAGUCGUGGGCCUGGGAAAGCUCACCGGUCCCUUGUUCAUGAGCAACGCCUUCACUUUCGCACUGGCGUCCCUCGUCGGCUACCGUGUCGUCUGGGGUGUCGCGCCUGCUCUUCAUUCGCCCUUGAUGAGCGUGACCAACGCAAUCUCGGGCAUGGUCGGCGUUGGCGGCCUAUUCAUCUUGGGUGGAGGGUUCUUCCCCCAGACCAUCCCUCAGGUCUUCGGUGCCCUGUCCGUUCUUCUCGCCUUCGUCAACGUGUCGGGCGGUUUCGUCAUCACGAAGCGGAUGCUCGACAUGUUCAAGCGGCCGACGGAUCCUCCCGAGUACCCCUGGCUUUAUGCUAUCCCUGCCGCCGUGUUCGGAGGAGGCUUCCUUGCAGCCGCAUCGACGGGAGCGGCAGGAUUGGUCCAGGCUGGCUAUCUCGUCAGCUCCGUGCUUUGUAUCAGCUCCAUCUCGAGUUUGGCGUCCCAGGCCACGGCUCGCAUGGGCAACAUGCUCGGCAUGCUGGGCGUCGGGUCCGGAGUUCUCGCCUCUCUCCUGGCUGUCGGCUUCAGCCCGGACGUCUUGGCCCAGUUUGCGGGGCUCGCCGCUCUGGGUAGCAUCGUUGGCCUUGUCAUCGGGAAGCGUAUCACGCCGACGGACCUGCCGCAGACCGUUGCCGCCCUCCACUCGGUGGUCGGAUUAGCGGCCGUUCUGACUUCGAUCGGCAGCGUCAUGGGCCACAUCGAGGGAGACAUUUCUACACUGCACUUGGUCACCAGCUACCUGGGCGUCCUCAUCGGUGGUAUCACUUUCACCGGCUCCAUUGUGGCCUUUAUGAAGCUGGCCGGCAAGAUGUCGUCGAAGCCUCUCGUGCUGCCCAGACGACACCUCCUGAACUCGGGCAUGCUCGCCACGAACAUGGCCACCAUGGGAGCCUUUGUCACCAUGGCUCCGGGUUCUCCGACCCUCGCGGCGGCGGCUUUGGGAGCCAACACUCUCCUUUCCUUCGCCAAGGGGUACACGACGACGGCGGCGGUCGGCGGUGCCGACAUGCCCGUGAUCAUCACCGUGCUGAACGCGUACUCGGGUUUCGCGCUGGUGGCGGAGGGGUUCAUGCUGGACAACCCGCUGCUCACGUCGGUCGGUGCGCUGAUCGGCGUGUCGGGAUCCAUCCUCUCGUACGUCAUGUGCGUGGCGAUGAACCGGUCCCUGACGAACGUGCUGUUCGGGGGCAUAUCGUCGCAGCCGGCCAGCGAGUACAAGAUUGAGGGUUCGGUGACGCAGACCAACGUGGACGACACGGCCGACGCGCUCAUGAACGCCGAGAACGUGAUCAUUGUGGUGGGGUACGGCAUGGCGGUGGCCAAGGCGCAGUACGCCAUCAGCGAGAUUACGCAGAUGCUGCGCAAGAAGGGGGUCAACGUACGAUUCGCCAUCCACCCGGUGGCGGGCCGCAUGCCGGGGCAGUGCAACGUGCUGCUGGCGGAAGCGAGCGUGCCGUACGAUAUCGUGCUGGAGAUGGACGAGAUUAAUGAUGACUUUGGCGACACGGACGUCACGCUUGUGAUCGGGGCCAACGACACGGUGAACCCGAUCGCGUUGGAGCCGGGUAGCCCGAUUGCGGGUAUGCCGGUGCUGCAGGCGUGGAAGAGCAAGCAGGUGAUUGUCAUGAAGCGAGGCAUGGCCAGUGGAUACGCUGAUGUCCCGAACCCCAUGUUUUACAAGCCCAACACGAGGAUGCUCUUUGGCGAUGCGAAGACGAGUUGCGAUGCCAUCAAAGCGGCAGUUGAGGCGCGUAUUUAGAUAGCUUGCAACUUGCGAAGGAGUUGCUUGGUUCAUCCCUAUCCCGAUGCAUUUCACAGGAGCAGUUCUAGGCUAGACGCAUCACAUUUCGGGGGACUUGCGUCUUACGUUGUAGACGUCCGAGAGUAGUGUGUUGAUUCUAUUGCAGUGCAAAUUCAAGAGGGAGGAGCAUUUCCAGUAAACCGGUAAAUAGUAAAUACUCUGGGCCGUGUAUCCGUGGUUGACUUCUUUCCGUUGCCAUGGCAGCGAAAGGCAAUAUUGGUAUCGAGGUAUUGGAGUGGGCACCCCGCCGAUAAGAAACAGAAACGAUACCUCAGGUAGAUAAGGCUGUUUAAUUACCAUAAUUACUAGGUACCUUAGAUACGGCCUUUUAUUGUCUUGCGGAAACGUCUAGGAUUCGUAACUUUGUACCAAAGUCCGUAUCAGGUACCGGUACAAAGGGACUAGAUUAUUUUGACC